AUGUAUAUUUAUAGAUCAGAUGGAGCAUGCCGUCACAUUGGAGCAGCAUUAUAUGGUAUAGAGAAUGUUGAGCCAACAUCUUGCACCGAUGGAGCCAAUCAGUGGAUGAAGCGACCUCGUUUACAUGAUGCGGCCGUCCCUGUCAAGAAUCUGACUGUCCUCAAGGCAAGAUAUGGCACAACUCCUGUCGUCAACAAUGUGUCACCAGAUGUCGACUCAUAUGAUCCCCGGGCCCCUGAAGACCGUAUGCCAUAUACACAAGAACAGAAGCGAGACUUUGGUCUACAACUGAGCAAGUUAUCCCCAGAUGUUCAGGCUCUAGAUAUACUUCUCUGUCCAGAAGAUCUCAUAUCUAUGAAGACCAGUGAUCAGAAGUCCAUCACAGAUUUAUCCAUUCCAUCAAAAUCACAGUGUUAUGCAUCAGAUCACAAGAAUAAAUUAGUUAACUGUGAGUCCUUGGAUGAACUUGAAACUAUCUGUGAUGACUUUUACAGUAAACUCACUUACUCUGAACAGGAAUGCAAGGAUAUUGCUAUGUACACUGUUGGGCAGUCUAUUAACGAUACAUGGUUUGAACAAAGAGCUGGAAGGUUAACUGCUUCCAACUUCAAACAAGCAUGUUCCCAUUCAUGAAAUCUAUCAUGUGUGAGGACAGAAGUGAAGCUAAAGAUAAUUGUGAACCACUUAUGUGGGGAAGAAAGAAGGCGCCAGUUGCUCGACACAUGUAUACUCGACUUGUACGCUCCAGCCACAAGUCUCUUAAGGUUCAUGAACAUGGACUGUUCAUAAACUCAUCAUAUCCUGCUUUAGGAUGCAGUGUUGAUGGUGUUGUUACAUGUAAAUGCCAUGCUGACAGAGUACUGGAAAUAAAGUGUCCAUACUCACUGAGGAGUAAACAUCCUAAAGAGGUUGC